AUGGCGUUUGGGCAUUUCUUCUGUGGACGUGGGGAAGAUGUGGCUUUGCCGUGUUCCACUUUUCAAUCUGACCCACCUGUCAGGGUUGACUGGAGCUUCGGUGAAGUCACCCUGGUGGAGGACGGGUCACUGGUGGAGGCCGCGUCCCGAGCUGGAAGGCUGAGCGUGAACCAUGAAGGAUAUCUGAACAUUAAGAGAGUCAGGCCUUCAGAUGCUGGAAACUACCGGUGUUCCUUUAAGAACAUCCUUUACGUUAGAGAUUUCCGGCUGAGUGUUUUGUCCAUCUCUCCAUCCCCACCAGAUGAGUGUAAAGAGGAUCAAAUCGUGGAUUUAAGCUGCUCUCUAAGCACCGACAGCUUCUCGUCUCUAGGGGACAGAAUUGUCUGGCUGAAUGAAACUGGAAAUGUCCUGCAGGCAAACAGAGUCGGGCUGAAAGGAAAGGUUUCAGUCCUCACUGUGAAAUGUCCGAUGGGAAACUACAGAAGAUACACCUGCCAGUUUGUUCAGAAAAACGAUGUCAAAGCAGAGGUUCACUACACCUCUGUCUUCUCAGACAACGUCGGUUUUAAAGUGGAUGAUGUGUCCUUUCAUGGACGUGGGGAAGACGUUGUCCUGUCUUGUCCGCUCUUUCAGCCCGACCCGCAUGUCGGGGUUAACUGGAGCCGCGGCAGAAAUCCUCUGUCUCUGGUGGAGAACGGGACAGUGAUGGAGGCGUCGUCUCCGUCUGGACGGCUGAGCGUGAGCAGGGAAGGGUCUGUUGUCCUCAGAAAGGUCACGACCUCAGAUGCUGGUCACUACAGAUGUUGGUUCCAGAACCACAUUGACGUUAUGAAUACUGUGCUGUGUGUUUUAUCCAUCUCUCCAUCUCCACCAGAUGCUGAGUGUAAAAAUUAUCAAAUCGUGGAUUUAAGCUGCUCUCUGAUGUGCAUCGACCUCAGCUCAUGCCCAGAGGGCAGCAUCGUCUGGCUGAAUGAAACCGGGAAUGUGCUGCAGGAGAAAAAGGUCGGCUUGGAGGGAGACACAGGCUGCGUUUCUGUCCUCACUGUGAACCGUCUGAUGGGAAACUACAGGAGGUACAGCUGUCGGUUUGUCCGGCAAGACCAGGUCAAGAUGGAGGUUCACUACACGCCUGUCUUCUCAGAUUCCACAGACUGGCCCGUUCUGAGCUCCAUCCUGCUGAUUCUGCGCGUCGCAGGACUGAUCCUGAUGAUCUGUGCUGUUGUUGUUGUUUACAUCAGAACCAGAGGAAGCAAGAAGCCACCGAAGGACAUCAAUGUUCGUUUUGCUGCAGAGGCGGCUCUCUGAAAACAUUGGAGUCUGUUCUUCUCCUGUCAGUCACUGAACUUCGUCACAUCAGGCUUUACAUAUUUUGACUAUUUUAAGUUUUUAAUGCUGCAUUACUUUUUAAAUGUCACAAAGCUAAUAUAUCUAGGGUUUUCUUUUUUGUUGUUGUUUUGGACAGAAGAAACUGAGGCAGAUGAACCAACCUGUAAUCUCUCAGGUCAGGAAACCUGUUAAAACUGAUUGUUGUUGGUUGUAUGAAUGUAUAACAGAUAUAUUCAUGUUACUGGCGAUGAAGACGCCCUGUAUUAAAUCCAGAUAUAUUAGCAUUUAGCU